AGUUAUGCGUCGGUCUCGGUUUCUUGCAAGACAUCACAAACCCUACCCUUUCCCUCCCUUUCCCUCCACUCAUAUUUGCCCACAAACCCAUCCCACACAACCUAUAAGAACGACCACAUCCUCUCCUACCAAUCCAAUCUACAAAGAACUUCAUAUCAUACAUAGAGAUAGAAUUGGAGCCGUUCUUGCAAUUUCAAGACUUGGGGUCAGCAUUAGCGACGGAGAAAAUGGAGAUCAAAGUGCGGGACGAUAGCUCGACGGAGCAAAGCCUCCCGCUCUUGAACGAUGAGCUCCUUCCGGAUGACGCUGAUAGGAGGAACGCGAUACAAAAGGCUAUGAGACAGACGUUUGAGAGCACCGCCCAUUUGGCCAACCUCUUGCCCACCGGGACGGUCCUCGCGUUCCAGCUCCUAUCCCCGAUUUUCUCGAACCAAGGCCACUGCGACCCGGUCAGUCGGGCCAUGACCACGGGCCUGGUGCUCCUCUGCGGCCUGUCCAGUUUCCUCCUCUGCUUCACCGACAGUUUCAGGGACAAGAAGGGAAACGUGUGUUACGGGUUCGCCACGCCUCACGGCCUGUGGGUGAUUGACGGGUCGGACACGCUCCCGCCCGAGCUCAAGGAUCGAUACAGGCUGAGGUUCAUAGACUUCGCGCACUCGCUCAUGUCGGUUCUGGUGUUUGGCGCGAUCGCACUUUUUGAUGAGAACGUGGUGAACUGCUUCUACCCGGCGCCGUCGGACGAGACGAGGGAGGUGCUGACGGCGUUGCCGGUGGGGAUCGGAGUCAUCUGCACCAUGUUGUUCGUCGUGUUCCCGACCAAGCGGCACGGGAUCGGUUUUCCGCUUUCUGGCAAUUGAACCCCACCACAUCUAGAAUCCUUGUCUUUUGAGACAAUGCACAGUUGCAGAUUUGAAUGUGUUCAUUCCUUAACAUCAUCCUAAUUCCUUUCGGAGUGGAUCAUGUCUUCGAGAACAAUAAAAGAAUGACUUCCAUCGCUUA